AUGUAUCGCUGGUUGGUGGCUCUGGCGGCCUGCGCUGGGCAGCUGGCCCUGGCAAACCCCGUUCACCCGCGAGAUACCGACUACUUCAAGCCCAAUUCCACAGGCUUUCGCAUGCGCCAUGGUUUCGAAACGGUCCUGGUGCAGCCCUUUGGGUACGACGGGUUCCGCGUGCGCGCCUGGCCUUUCCGGCCGCCGACGGGGCAGGAGCUCAGCUUCGUGUAUGACCCCCCUCUCGAAGGCUUUGAAGAUGGUCAAGCGCAUGGUAUGGACUACGACACGGCUUUCACCGGCAACGAGUCCCUGGCCAUUCGCAACGGGAACAUGAUCGUGCGCACGACCGGCUGGGGUGGCAACCCCGGCGGAUAUCGACUGGCGUUCUACCGCGUGGAAGAAGAUGGUUCCGAGACCCUUCUCACCAACGAGUAUGCACCGCUCAAAUCCGUGAACCCGCGAUACUACUCGUGGAACGGCCCUGGCGCCGAGUUCUCCGCCGAGUUCACCUUCAGCACCACGCCCGACGAGCAGUUCUACGGCACUGGCACGCAGCAGGACCACCUGGUCAACAAGAAAGGCACCGUCAUUGACCUGAUCAACUUCAACACGCACAUCCCCACCCCCGUGUUCAUGAGCAACAAGGGCUACGGCUUCGUGUGGAACAUGGCGUCCGAGGGCCGCAUGGAAUUCGGCCAGCUGCGCAACAAAUUCACCGCAGCGUCGGCCACCCUGGUCGACUACGUGAUUGUCGCUUCGCCCGCAGGCGACUACGACACUCUGCAGCAGCGUCUGUCCGCCCUGACCGGGCGUGCUCCGACACCACCCGACUUCGCUCUUGGCUACAUCCAGUCCAAGCUGCGGUACGAGAACCAGACCGAGGUCGAGCUGCUGGCCCAGAACUUCAAAGACCACAACAUCCCCGUCGGCAUGAUCGUCAUCGACUACCAGUCGUGGGCAGACCAGGGCGACUGGGCGCUCGACCCGCGCCUCUGGCCAGACGUCGCCGCCAUGGCACGCAAAGUAAAAGAGCUCACCGGCGCGGAGAUGAUGGCAUCGCUGUGGCCGAGCGUGUCCGACGACAGCGUCAACUACGAGGCCCUGCAGAUGAAUGGGUGGCUGACGGCGACGCGCGACGGACCGGGCACCACCGACUCCUGGAACGGCUCGUACAUCCGCAACAUCGACUCGACGAACCCGGACGCGCGCCGCUUCCUCUGGGACACCCUCAAACGCAACUACUACGACAAGGGCAUCCGGAACUUCUGGAUCGACCAGGCCGACGGCGGCGCCCUCGGCGAGGCCUACGAGAACAACGGCCAGUCCCUGUACAUCCAGUCCAUCCCGUACGCGCUGCCGAACGUGCUCUACGCCGCGGGCACGCAGCUCGGCGUCGGGAAGAUGUACCCCUGGACGCACCAGAUGGCGAUCGACGAGGGCUUCCGCAACGCCACGGACUCGAAACCUGGUUCCGCGUGCGAGCACAUCUCGCUCAGCCGGUCGGGAUACAUCGGCUCGCAGCGGUUUUGCAGCAUGAUCUGGUCCGGUGAUAUCACCUCCGUCUGGGAGACGCUGGGCCUGCAGGUGGCUAGCGGGCUGUCGGCCGCGGCGACAGGCUGGGGCUGGUGGACCGUCGACGCGGGCGGGUUCCAGCCUGAUCCCACGGUGCCGUGGAGCGCGAACAUCGACACGCCCGAGUACCGCGAGUUGUACGUGCGCUGGCUGCAGUGGACGACGUUUUUGCCGUUUAUGCGGACGCACGGGAGCCGCGAGUGCGACAGCCAAAACGCAUACACCUGCAACAACGAGCCGUGGUCGUAUGGCGAGGAGAAUACGCCCGUCAUCGUGUCGUAUAUCCAUCUGCGGUAUCAACUUGGUGCGUAUCUGCGCGCGAUCUUCAAGAAGUUCCAUGAGACCGGUCGCAGCAUCAUGCGGCCGUUGUAUAUGGAUUUCGAGAAGACGGAUCCGCGGAUUCGGACUAUGACCCAGGCGAACACGAACGUCACUACCCAGCAGUACAUGUUCGGUCCGCGUUUGCUGGUCUCCCCGGUGACUACGCCCAACACGACCGAGUGGCCAGUGUAUCUGCCCCAGACGGGCCAGAAUGGCACCAAGCCGUGGACGUACUGGUGGACGAAUGAGACGUAUGCCGGGGGGCAGACGGUGAAGGUCCCUGCGCCGGUGGAGCAUAUUCCGGUGUUCCAUCUAGGUACGAGAGAGGAGAUAUUGUCUGGAGAUGUUUUUUAA